CUGUGUAUUGUGAUAAAUUGGAAAUUGAAUCGUAUGUCGUGUAUACGGGUAGUCUAAAACACUGGCAGUGAGUGAACUCACAACCCGCGGUUGUGAACCUUUAGCGCUUGUCGUAGAAUUGUGAAGUUUUAGGUUUGGCCGUCCUUUGGGAUCCAUGGGUAUCUCUCGUGAUUCCACGCAUAAAAGACGGGCGACUGGAGGAAAGAAGAAGUCAUGGCGCAAGAAGCGCAAGUACGAGUUGGGACGACAGGCAGCUAUGACCAAGCUGUCCAGCAACAAGACCGUUCGCAGAAUUCGUGUGCGCGGUGGAAACUUUAAGUUUAGGGCUCUUAGAUUGGAUACUGGAAAUUUCUCCUGGGGAUCGGAGGCCGUCACCAGGAAAACCCGUGUAUUGGAUGUCGUCUACAACGCUUCAAACAAUGAGUUGGUGCGAACCCAGACUCUUGUAAAGAAUGCCAUCAUCCAGGUUGAUGCCGCUCCAUUCCGACAGUGGUACAACCAACAUUAUGGCGUUGACAUCGGGAAGAAGAAAAAGGUCGUUCCCGGAAAGAAGGAAGAGGAUGCUGACGCUACCGAGGAGGAUAAGAAGGUUAGCAAGCACGUGAUUAAGAAGAUUGAGAAGAGGCAGGAGGGUUUGAAGUUGGACGCUCACCUAGAGGACCAGUUCGCUAGUGGAAGGUUGCUGGCUUGCAUCGCUUCUAGACCCGGACAAUGUGGUCGUUGUGACGGCUACAUUCUAGAGGGUAAAGAACUGGAGUUCUACAUGAAGAAGAUCCAGAAGAAGAAGGGCAAAGGUGCUGGUGCAGCAGCUUAGGCUCAAAACUCGCAGUUGCUCGAGAUGAUCUUUUUUCCUUAGACUAGCCACUCGGAUCGGCAACCUGAUGUGCAGCGCUUCUUCCGGAAAGGUUUUGUGAGGACGGACCCUAAUUGUUCUUAAAGUAUUUCAAUAACACUCACAAGUUGGCGAGUGUUACAAAAAUGAAGUCAUAAAAAUGAUAAGCACAAUGAUCUCCUCUAUGUGUGGCCCAUCUUUGUGAAUUUAUUUGCAUAUACGACUGGAGCAGCGGGCUGAUGUUCGUACAUAAAACCUGAUACAGAUUUAUCUCUGAGCAGACAGCUACAACCUUUGUUCUAACUAUGAUCUAGUGUGCAGAACUUUGUUUGUGUUUACUGUGGGGAUCUCAAAGGCACUAGUGACUUUUAGAUAAAUUAGUGCCUGAUUGAACACGUUGAUCUCUAGUGCAGUUCAGAUAAGGAUAUAUGAAAAGAUCAGUUCCAGGUGAGAAUAGAGCCAUACAGGGAGGCUUAAGAAAGCUGAAGACGAUCUGAGCAUAUGAUCUGAGCAUCUGGAAUUAUGUUCGGUGAAAUGGCUCGGUGCAAACAUAUUGAUGC